UUGCGUGCAUGACUCAGCAGUAAACUCAAGAUUAUAAAAGGCGGAGCGAGACACAGUUACUCUGCUGUACUAAAACCAGGACCAACACACUUCUCUACUCUCCAAUCUAGCCUACACGAUGGCUCCCUACACAAUCACAUACUUCGCUGUGAAAGGUCGAUGCGGUGCCCUGAAGAUCAUGCUGGCAGACCAGAGCCAGACAUGGAAGGAGAACCUGGUGACCUUUGAGGAGUGGGCAAAGGGCGAUUUAAAAAGCAGCUGCGUCUUUGGUCAAUUGCCCAAGCUUGAGGAUGGCGACUUGGUCCUGUUUCAAUCCAAUGCCAUGCUGAGACAUUUGGGUCGCAAACAUGGUGCUUAUGGAAAGAACGACUGCGAGGCUGCUCAUAUUGACAUGAUGAGUGACGGCGUUGAAGAUUUACGCUUGAAAUAUUUUAAGUUGAUCUACCAGGAAUAUGAGACCGGGAAGGAGGCGUACAUCAAAGAUCUGCCCAAUCAUCUCUCAAAAUUCGAAGCCUUCAUGGCCAAAAACAAAUCUGGAUUCCUGGUUGGUGAUAAGAUCUCAUUUGCAGACUACAACCUGUUCGACCUUCUGUUGAAUCACAAAGUCCUUUGCUCCACCUGCCUGGACUCCUUCCCCACUCUCAAGAAAUUUGUGGACAUGAUGUCCACUCGUCCCAAAAUCAAAGCCCUCCUGGAAUCUGAUGACUUCAAGAAACUUCCAAUCAAUGGAAAUGGCAAACAGUGAUUCUUCAACACGCUCGUCUCAAACCAUGGUACUCGCUGUUAAAAGGCCUUAACUGGUGCUCAAUAAUUAGCAAAAUCCCACAUGUCUUUAUAUGAAGAUACAUUUUGUAUGUUUAACUGUUUUUGAUCGUUUUUACUAGCUGACAUAUAUGUAUGAAUUGCACUAAAUAAAGCAUUACAAUUUCA